UUGCCCUUCAGCUCCAUGAAUUUGCCAAGACUUAAGGAAAUUCGACAUAAAUCCAGUGACUACCCUCAUAGAGUUGCAAAAUACCCAGAAAACAGAAAUCGAAACAGAUACAGAGAUGUUAGUCCCUAUGAUCAUAGUCGUGUAAAACUGCAGAAUGCUGAGAAUGACUAUAUCAAUGCCAGCCUAGUGGUCAUAGAAGAAGCCCAGAGAUACUAUAUUUUAACACAGGGUCCGCUUCCUAAUACAUGUUGUCAUUUUUGGCUAAUGGUCUGGCAACAACAAACCAAAGCAGUUGUCAUGCUGAACAGAGUUGUUGAAAAAGAAUCGGUGAAGUGUGCACAGUACUGGCCAACAAAAGAAGAGGAAGUUAUGACAUUCAGUGAAACAGGGUUCCGUGUGAGGCUAGUAUCUGAAGACGUCAAAUCCUAUUACACAGUGCAUCUACUGCAAUUAGAAAAUAUCAACAGUGGUGAGUCCAGGAUGAUCUCUCAUUUUCAUUAUACGACGUGGCCAGACUUUGGAGUUCCUGAAUCCCCAGCUUCAUUCCUGAACUUCCUGUUUAAAGUCAGAGAGUCUGGUUCGCUGAGUCCGGAGCACGGCCCUGCGGUGGUUCACUGCAGCGCGGGGAUAGGACGCUCGGGCACCUUCUCAUUAGUAGACACUUGUCUUGUUCUGAUGGAAAAAAAAGACCCAUUUUCUGUAGAUAUUAAGAAAGUAUUACUGGAUAUGAGAAAAUACCGAAUGGGACUUAUUCAGACUCCUGAUCAACUAAGAUUUUCAUAUAUGGCUGUAAUAGAAGGAGCAAAAUUUAUAAUGGGGGAUUCAACUAUACAGAAACGGUGGAAGGAGCUCUCUAAGGAGGACCAAGCGCCAAGUUCUGAGCAGUCUCCUCCACACCCAACCAAAAUAACCACAGAGAAGUACAAUGGGAACAGCAUAGGCCUGGAGAACAAAGAUCAAAUGGAGAAAGUAAAUACUGACCUGUCCACAAAAGGUCAAGAUGUGACAGAUGGAAACAUUGAAAGUACUGUCCGAAAACGACUGCGAGAGGAUAGGAAAGCUAACACAGCACAGAAGCUGCAGCAGAUGAAGCAGAAGCUAAAUGAGACUGAAAGAAAAAGAAAAAGGUGGUUAUAUUGGAAACCUAUUCUCACUAAGAUUGGGUUUGGUACACUCAUUUUAGUUGGCGCUUAUUCUUGCUGGAAAAUGUAUUUUCAACAACAUUCCUUGCCGAGACUGACCGACACCUAAGCCUUCAAGACUUGUGAAUAUUCUGCAGCUAUAAACUGCAAAUUAUUGACAUGCAAAGCGAGACAUCAACCCCUCUUCGGGAACAAAAAGUGAGGUCUGUUAAGUACCAAGAAGACCUCAGUUAUCUGUUUACAGCGUAAACUGCACCGAGGGGAUGAAGACCACCAGCAGCGCGCUACUUUGCAAAACAAAAUAAUUUGCCCACUUGUGUUUUUAUAAUGCCUGUAUUAAUGUAGAAAGAUGUAAAAGAAAUAAAUUAGGAAAUAUUUUGUUUUGUACUGCCAUUCUUAUUGUAUUUUUAUACUUUUUGGCAGCAUUAAAUAUUUUUUUAAAUUGACAAUAUGCUGUUGUGUGCGCAUUAUGUUAGGGAGAAACUGUUAAGAGCCUGUUUUGCAGAAAAAGAGAUGUUUUGCCUUAAGGUUUCCCGAUGCCCUGUCUUAACUGGAAAAUGGCAAAAUGAUUAGAAUGUGCUUUAUGCAAAUAUUUUCAUUCAUGCUAAGUAUUGUAGUUUGAGUUAGGAGGACCUCUUGCACAUUUCUUUUGUAAUACACCACUAAGAAUAUUAUUUUAUUAACUUGACCAGUUGGGUUUGGUAAUCCUGAUGUUUGCAGUAAAAUAUGCACAAAAUGCUCAGAGUCACUUUGUGAAGGGAAAGUCUUUGUUAUCGAUGCUUUAAAGGGAGGAAAAAUGGGAAAUCUGAUGCCUCACUACCCACGGUCAUCCGUAAUUAAUGGGUGCCAAGGGCCAGGUACAAAGCGCACAACGUGAAUGGUGUCUUUAAUUAAAUGGAGUUUGGAUUGUGUCAUCACAGUGUGUUGUAUGAAUAAUAUUUUACUUCACAUCUGCUCUCCGCAUUCUUCCUGACACAGCCCAGACAGCUGGAUGGGAAAGGGGUAAACUGGAACGCUGCUUAAAGGAGUUCUUCUAACGGACUCAACAGGGUUUCCAGCCCGGUCAGCUUCUGUAUCGGAGCUGACCUAAAUUCUGCACUUGCUGACGUUCUGUGAUGAUUUCAGAUAAACUUUAAUUCACCAAAAAAUUAUAUUCGAUAUGACUGUCUAAUAUGUGGUGGGGUUUUAUACGUAAUUUGUACUUUGCAUAUUUUUGUAACGGAUUUUUGUACAAAUCAUACAGUUGCUGAAAGUAAAGCGUGGAAGAGGGGGGAAAUCUAGGCCAACUCAGGCUAUUUUUGCUAAAAUAGGCAGCAACCUGCAAUCUUAACAGAACUUGGUUUGGAGGAUCAUUCCUGAAAGCAAGCGUGUUCGGGGUUGUGUUUAACUUGAACGUGAAGCUGAAUCGGGAAGUACAUAGUGCCGUUACUUGAGCUAAAUAUAUGCUUGACACCACCUUGAAAUGGCCUAAAUCACCAAUCUGGUUUGCCUAAAUACUUUAAUUUCUUUUGAUGAUUAAUAUUAUUCCUAGCCUGUGUUGGAGGAGUGAACAUCGCAACUUGAUUCAGCUUUUGUUUUCAAGUUGGUGCAGCUCUGAGACCAGGAGUGUUUGUAAUGAGAGAUCAUGGUCUGGCCAAAACCACUGCAAUAAACCCUGUUAUUGUUGAAUCCAG